AAGUAUGGCGGCGGCCGGCCUCAGCCCGUGCCUCCCGCGAGCAGCAGGGGGAGCCCGGCGCGCUGCUGCCCGAGCUAGGCAUGGCGGCCAAAGGGACCCGGCAGCGGCCGCGGGGAGGCGGCGGGGACCCGGGCCGGCCGCGAGAGGAGGGGCCGGCCCCGGCCCCGGAGGAGGCCAAGGCGGAGCCAUCCGGGAACAAGGCGGGUCAGGUCUGGGCACCCGAAGGAUCCACAGCUUUCAAGUGUCUAAUCUCAGCUCGGUUCUGCGCUGCCCUCUUGAGUAACAUCUCCGACUGUGAUGAGACGUUUAACUACUGGGAACCGAUGCACUACCUCGUCUAUGGGAAAGGGUUCCAGACAUGGGAAUACUCUCCAGUCUAUGCCAUUCGCUCCUAUGCUUAUCUGUGGCUUCAUGCCUUGCCAGCCUUAUUCCAUGCUCGAGUUCUACGGACAAAUAAGGUUCUCGUCUUUUAUUUCCUGCGAUGUCUCUUGGCCUUCUUGAGUUGCAUUUGUGAGCUUUACUUUUAUAAGGCCGUGUGUAAGAAAUUUGGGCUGCAUGUGAGCCGGCUGAUGUUGGCCUUCUUAGUUCUCAGCACUGGGAUGUUUUGCUCAGCUGCAGCCUUCCUCCCCAGCAGUUUCUGUAUGUACACCACAGUGGUUGCCAUGACAGGCUGGUAUAUGGAUAAGACCUCUGUAGCCGUGCUGGGUGUGGCAGCUGGAGCCAUCGUGGGUUGGCCUUUCAGUGCAGCUCUUGGGCUACCUAUUGCCGUUGACUUGCUGAUAAUAAAGCGGAGGUGGAAGAGCUUCCUGAACUGGUGUCUGGUGGCCCUGAUCCUGUUUUUGGUUCCCCUGGUGAUUGUUGACAGCUAUUACUAUGGGAAGCUGGUAAUCACUCCUCUCAACAUUGUUUUAUACAAUGUCUUCACACCUCACGGACCCGAUCUUUACGGUACUGAGCCCUGGUCCUUCUAUUUUAUUAAUGGUUUCCUGAACUUCAACGUGGCGUUUGCCUUGGCCCUGCUUGCCCUGCCGCUGACCUCCCUCAUGGAAUGUCUGCUACAGAAAUUUCACGUCCAGAAUCUGGGUCGCCCAUAUUGGCUUACGCUAGCUCCUAUGUACAUCUGGAUCCUGAUUUUCUUCAGUCAACCCCAUAAAGAGGAGAGGUUCCUGUUUCCCAUAUAUCCUCUCAUCUGUCUCUGUGGAGCUGUGGCGCUCUCUGCCCUUCAGAAAUGUUACCACUUCGCAUUCCAGCGUUACCGUUUGGAGCACUACACAGUCUCCUCCAACUGGCUGGCUCUGGGGACGGUUUUUCUCUUUGGACUCUUGUCACUCUCGCGCUCUGUGGCUUUAUUCAAAGGCUACCAUGGGCCUCUGGACCUGUAUCCAGAAUUUCAUAGGAUUGCCACUGAUCCGACUAUUCACACAGUGCCAGAGGGGAGGCCAGUUAAUGUCUGUGUGGGGAAGGAGUGGUACCGAUUUCCGAGCAGCUUUCUCCUGCCAGAUAAUUGGCAGCUCCAGUUCAUCCCAUCAGAGUUCAGGGGCCAGUUACCGAAACCGUUUGCCAAGGGACCAAUGGCCACACGGAGCAUUCCUGCAGACAUGAAUGACCAAAACAGGGAAGAGCCAUCCAGAUAUAUUGACAUUUCCAAAUGCCAUUACCUGGUGGAUUUAGAUAAAGCGAUUGAAACAUCAAGGGAGCCGAGAUACUCCGCCAACAAAGAAGAAUGGAUCAGCAUUGCCUACAAACCAUUCCUGGAUACUUCUAGGUCUUCAAAGCUGCUGCGUGCUUUCUAUGUCCCUUUCCUGUCCGAGCGGCAUACGUCGUAUGCAAACUACACCAUCCUUAAACCCCGGAAGUCAAAGCAAGCCAGGAAAAAAACAGGAGGUUAGCAACACACCUGCGGACCAAAAAGGAUCAACCAAUAUUGUCGGCCAGCUGCUUAAACCUUCCUAGGAAAAAAAAAUGCUUGUAAGAUUCACUAAUAAAGGUUUCCCACCCAGUGAUUUCACUCUGCAAGCCUCCAGCUGUAAAGAGUAUAUCAUCUGCUCUCAGUUCUGUUAGUCUCUGCUCUCCCUGUGCAGCUCAUUUUCAGAACGUCUUGGUAAGAAACAGUUUGAAAAUCCAGCAGCUGCCUACGAAUAUAUUAUCCCCGUUGCUCCCUGCAUUAUUAUGUAUUAGACUAGAGAAGAGCAAAACUAAAUAACAAGAAAUGACUGUGUUAGACUGUGCGCCAGGAUACUGCCUGGCACCAGGAAAAUUCACAGCCUCUCUCAGUAUUCCUCAUCUGCUAAAUAGCUGCUUGCCUGCUCCUAGGAAACAUUAUUUGCAGAUAACAGCAUUUGGGGAAAAAAAACAAAA